UACAUUAUGUGGACGUCUGAUGUCAAUCUCUGCACUAUGUCGGCUUGUGGAACUUUAGCCUUCGCAUGCACCUCUCUGAUAUGUGCGCAGAAGAAGAAACGUGCAGCUGGAGGAAUGUUAACGCCGGUACGAGGACAGCGCGUAUUCGAGGAGUCGAAGCUUGAACGCUCUUCUCUAAGAGCCAACAGCAUAGUAAAGACAAAAAUGCCUGGAACCGUUUCUGAUCGUAAACAGAUCAGUGGCACAAAGACAAAAAAGAGCAAGUUGGAUAAGAAAGGCGAGAAGAAAAAGGGUGAGAGCGAAUUGAAGAAGGAAGCGGGUGAAGCAAAGAAGGAGAAGCAAGAACAGCAGAAUAAACAAGAACCAGAGCCAGUUGAGAAGAAAACAUCCAAGGAUGUCGACAAGAACCUUUAUAAAACUGCAGAAGCUCAGUCAGAAGUGAAAGUGGUUUCAAAGGAACGCGCAGAUCUCCGGAAAGCUCAGAAAACUCAAGAGGGAAAAUCUGAGAAUGACAACAAUUCUGAAAAAGUGGAUACGCGCUUACAAACCGAUAUAGAACCCAUCAAUAAAAGCAUUGUAGAUACGGUUAAAGUCGACGAGCGGUUGAAUUCUUUUGGAAUGUGAGAACAUAUCAGACCGUAAAGAUUCUGAAACAUUCGAAAAGCUUCGUAUUAAUUCUCGUGCAAAGAAACCUCUCUUUAUACA